AUGCUCGACAUCUCCAAUCUCUCGACCCUACGCACCCUUCUCGUCGACUAUGACGUUCUCCAAGUCACGCAGGUCCGUAACGUCCUCCUCUCAAUGGGCUAUCCAAACCCCAUGGAGGUGGAAUGGCGCGCCAUCAUCGACUCGUUCUACGGUGCCCCACUCGAGGUCAGCCAGCUGGAGCGCCUGAUCAUCCGCGUCCUGACUGGUAGUUCACCAGAGACUACUCGCCACACCGUCCCCGCCAUCUUUUGGUCGGACGCCGGCCUCUUUGAUCAGUUUGUGAUCAACCUCGCCAGGUCCAAAGACCACAUCAGGCAGAUGUACUCUGACACUGCGACUCUCCGCAACCUUAUGCAGCGGGCUGGCGCGUUCGUCGGCUGGCUCCCGCUCGACUACGAGAUUGGUAUGGACGGACAUGCCGAGUACGAUGACAGGUGGUUGGACAACGUUACCGAGCACUCUGUGUUUGGCUGGACGGGAUGGAGUGACAAGGUCGUUUGGUUUAACCAUGAUGUGAUCCUUGGUGAAACAGCCUCGUCUUUGUUAUUUGGAACCACGCCCUGCUCACCUCUCGACGUGCAUUCCUCGAACAGCGUCAGAGUCGAACUCGACCCAGAGCCCAGCACACCAACUCGCCCUACCUCGUGGAUGAAUGUCGACCCCCCGGCCCCAUCAGGCUGUAUGGACGAGGACGAGGAUACGCUCAUGUCUCCACCCAAGCUCCCCUCGCCUCCUCCCUCUCCCAGCCCGCUGAACAAGAGAGGCAGGGAGGAGUACACCACGCUAUCCGGAACCGUUCUCCAACCCUGCCGCUCCAUCCCGUCCCCCUACGCAAGGCCAACCGCGUCCCCCUCGGUCCUGCUUCCUCGUGACAAGGGUAAAGGUAAACUCGCGGUCACGCCCAGGCCAUCGGCUCCGCCGACUCCCGUGGCCUCGUCGUCGACUGCGGCCGAUAUGGCCGACUCGCAGGGGUCGCCCACUCCCAGGCCCAAGGCCAAGAAGCUCCGCGUCAAGGGAAGGCGGUCGACGCCUCGUACCACCACAUUUGUCAAUUUCCCCCCGCAGGUGGUGUUGUCCGAGGACGAGAAGGAGCACUACUCGCUUGGGUUUUCCAGUGGCGAGUGGUCCCACCUCGGCCGUUGA